AUGGCCUCGAAGGAAUCGUUAGGUAUAUUCGGUGAAUUUGAAUACUACGUUACUUUUGCAAAAGAUGGUUCUAAAUACACUUCAUUUCAGUUAGAGAAAUCACAUGCGAAACAAAGCAGUAGAGCUUCAACGAGGUCGGAUGAUUCUACACUAAUAGUACUUGAUUCCCUCAAAUCAGGCAUAGGUAGAACAGAAAAUAACGAUUUCUAUUCGAUUGUUAUUGCCCCCAUACUGGAAGAAUUGAAUUGGAAUCACAAUUACAUUAAAACCACAUCACAUGACUCUGUUAGCCAAUUCGCCCAAUCAUUAGAUCCAUUACAAGAUUAUGAAAUCUGGAUAAUUUCUGGUGAUACUACCAUUUCUGAAUUUUGCAACAAUUUGCCAAACAAGAAAAUCACUAGAAAUCCACUGAGGAUUUUACCCCUGCCCAUGGGCACUGGUAAUGCAUGGGCAAAUUCAUUGGGAUUCGAUUCCCCAAUAACGGCAUUCCGGAAUUAUUUGAAUCACAAUUUAAAGCCUAGGGACAUCCCACUAUAUAGGGCAGCAUUACCCAAUGGCUAUUCGAUAAUUUUUUUCAUGAUCUUCUCUUUGGGGUUCCACGCAAACUUACUCCAUGCCUGUGAAGAUCCUAAAUAUGCAAAGAUGGGAGCCGAAAGGUUCCAAAUUGCGGCUCAAUCAAUUUUAGAAAGCUAUUCCUUGGAUUUAGACAUUAGUUUGGACGGAUUGCGAAGAUCAUACGCAUAUUUUGCUCUUAUCAAUACUCCGAAUUUAGAGGCGACUUAUAAGCCUUCACCUCGCUCAAACCCGUUAGAAAGAGAACUUCGACUUUUGGGUUAUUCCAGCUCUUUGGGACGUCAAGAACUAGUCGAGAAAAUCAUGCAAGGUUAUCAGAAUAAACCAAACGGGGAUCUUCCCACAAAUGAAGAUAUGAUUUAUAAGUCCAUCACUCAUGAUUUUACGCUGGUUUUAAACGACUCACUGGAAGACUCAUCAAUGCAUAAAUUUGAAAUUUGCUGUGAUGGUAUACUUUUGAAUUUGCUGGAUUACCAAUCACCAGAUAAGCACAAACCUUCAAAUGAAAUUCGAUUCCAAUUUUUAAACGAUUAUUCCGGUUUCCAAUUGCAAGUUUAUUCGCUCUAA